AUGUGCAUAUUGGAGAAUGAGAGGGAGAGGAAAAAGGAGGCGAAAAAGCAGAAGAGGAAGGUGAGCAAGGCAGAGAAGGGUAAGAAGGUAGACGGCGGUAGCAAAGUCAGCGGGUUCGGAGGUGUGUUUGGAGGGGAACGGAAUGUUAGGGUGGAGAAGAAAUAUGUCCAAGUGGAUGGAGGUGGAAGUGUAAGUAAAGAUGACUGGGAGGUGGGGAUGCCGCCCAAGACGAUUAAGCAGUACCAGAUGGAUUUAGAAAUGCUCAAGGAGAGCAUUGAGACGGGUACUGGGAAAGCGAUGAGUUUGUGA